UACCAUUGAGCACAUGGCCGAAAUUUCCGAGAUAAUAGGAAAACAACUCACCCACAAAAAACACAACGCCACGCCCAAAAAAAGAAGGGCCACGAAGAAUACAUGGAACAGCAAGCUUGGGUUCAUAGCGUCUUUUCUAGGGAAGUUUCGGUGUGCCAACUUUUGGGGCCUUCGUCACCAAUGCUGGUAUUUCAGUGUCAGGCCACACGUCCCAGUUCAAAAGAAUUUCUUAAAAAAGAAAAACAAACAACAUGCAAGAAAAAAACCAAGGGGUCAACAUUUAUACGAAGGGAAAAGGUUAAAAAAGAGAAGCGACAGCGAAGGUCUAAACAGGGAUGCUGGACAUGUCGGCUACGUCAUAAAGCUUGUCCUGAAGAUGGUGAUCCAUGUGGAGCGUGUGCCCGUUUAGGAUUGGAGUGCGAUGUUUCGCGUCAAAGGCCAAGUUAUAUGGUGGAUGCGCAGAACGCCAUGCACCGUUUGAAGGAGAUAAGAGCAGUAACAGAUAAGCUCAGAAAAAACCGCUUUUACAAUUGAAGCUCGAUUAUGCAAUAAUUUUUUGCAACUACAGGUACUCCGGUGUAUAACUUCUUUUACAGGUAUUAUCGACGGCGGAGUUACUCGUAUGAUUGGCGAACGCCCGAGUAUUCUACGCAGAAUGC